GAAAAAUCGAUCGGACCAGACAUUAUUUUCCGGAGACUGAGUGGUGGUUUUUCAUGAAAUAAACGGUGAAUCCGUAAAAGAGCAACCAUGGGGACGCUUUUUCGCAGCGAGCAGAUGUGCCUCGCGCAGGUGUUCCUCCAAUCAGAAGCUGCGUACAAUUGUGUGGCUGAGCUAGGAGAGCUUGGAUUGGUCCAAUUCAGGGAUCUUAAUCCUGACGUUAAUGCAUUCCAAAGAAAGUUUGUCAAUGAGGUGAGACGAUGUGAUGAAAUGGAGAGGAAACUACGGUUCUUGGAGACAGAAAUCCACAAGGCUGACAUUCCUCUGCUGGACACAGGGGAGAACCCUGAGGCACCUGCUCCAAGAGAGAUGAUUGACCUAGAGGCUUGCUUUGAGAAGCUAGAGGUAGAAAUGAAGGAGGUCAACACAAACCAGGAGGCACUCAAGAGGAACUUCCUGGAACUGACUGAGCUGAAACACAUCCUCCGUAAAACCCAGACCUUCUUCGACGAGGCUGAAUUGCAUCACCAGCAGAUGCACGAUGCGGAUAAGGAGGAGGAGGCCCACACGCUGCUAGGAGACGAGGGACCGCGGACCGGGAUGCCGAUGAGGCUCGGAUUUGUUGCGGGUGUAAUUCAACGUGAACGCAUCCCGGCUUUCGAGCAGAUGUUAUGGCGAGUUUGCCGCGGCAACGUUUUCCUGCGACAGGCCGAGAUGGACAGCCCCCUGGAAGACCCUACCACGGGAGACCAGGUACACAAGUCUGUUUUCAUCAUCUUCUUCCAAGGUGAUCAGCUGAAGAAUAGAGUCAAGAAAAUAUGUGAAGGGUUCCGCGCCACUCUGUACCCGUGCCCGGAGACCCAGCCGGAGCGUCGCGAGAUGAGCAUUGGCGUCAUGACACGGAUAGAGGACCUCCAGGCGGUCCUGAGCCAGACGGAGGAGCACCGCCAGCGCGUCCUCUCGUCGGCAGCCAAGAACGUGCGGGUGUGGUUCAUCAAGGUGCGCAAGCUGAAGGCGGUCUACCACACCCUGAAUCUCUUCAAUCUGGACGUGACGCAGAAGUGUCUGAUCGCGGAGUGCUGGUGCCCCGUGACGGACCUGGAUAAGAUCCAGAUGGGUCUACGCAGGGGAACGGAACGUAGCGGCUCAACAGUACCAUCCAUCCUGAAUCGUAUGGACACCCAUGAGGACCCACCCACCUUCAACAAGACCAACAAAUUCACAGAGGUGUUCCAGGGUAUCGUGGAUGCCUACGGAGUGUCCGACUACCGAGAGGUCAACCCAGCACCCUAUGCUAUCAUCACAUUCCCCUUCCUGUUCUCGGUGAUGUUCGGAGACACUGGCCAUGGCCUGAUCAUGUUCCUCUUUGCACUCUGGAUGGUCAUGAGUGAAAAGAAGCUAGCUGCCAGCAUGGGUGACAAUGAGAUAUUCGGGAUGUUCUUUGGUGGUCGUUACAUCAUUCUACUGAUGGGUCUCUUCUCCAUGUACGCCGGCUUCGUCUACAACGACGCCUUCUCAAAAUCGUUCAAUAUAUUUGGCUCGUCGUGGAAAGUGUCCGGCAUGGCCAACUUUACUAAAGGUUUGCUGGAGGGAGAGGAGGAUUUCCAACUGGACCCUAAGCAGGCUUUUACCGGACCCUACCCUUACGGGUUAGAUCCAAUCUGGCAGCUGUCAACCAACAAACUUUCCUUCCUGAACUCCUUCAAGAUGAAGAUGUCCAUCAUCUUCGGUGUUGCUCAGAUGUCCUUUGGUGUGGUCCUCAGUGCUUUUAAUCACAAGUAUUUCAAGAAGCCCAUCAACAUGUGGUGUGAGUUCGUCCCCCAGCUGAUCUUCUUGGAGUUCAUCUUCGGCUACCUGGUGGUCAUGAUCUUCCUAAAGUGGUUCAUCUUCAACGCAGGGAACUCUGAGAACGCCCCGAGUCUCAUCAUUACCCUCAUCAACAUGUUCCUCUUCACCCCUCCGCAGGGUGAUCUCUACAAUGGACAGUUUGCAACCCAGGCAUUGUUGGUGAUUCUUGCAGUCGUCUGUAUUCCGUGGAUGCUGUUUGCCAAACCUGUCUUCCUCAAACUCCAGCAUAACAAGAACCUCAGUAAGGCGAUCCGUUACCGCGAUGUUCGUAUGUUGAAGAACGGCAGUGUGGGAGAGGAGACGGCUGAGGUGGUUCACCAUGACGCCAUGGAGGCAGCGGCUUCUGACUCUGGUAGCUCAGAUGAACCAGAUCACGGUGACCAGUUUGACUUUGGUGAAGUCUUGAUAUACCAAGGCAUCCACACCAUUGAGUUCUGUUUGGGAUGCAUCUCCCACACUGCGUCUUACCUCCGACUCUGGGCCUUGUCUCUAGCUCACGCCGAAUUGUCGGAGGUCCUGUGGAGCAUGUUAUUCAGUAUUGGCUUGCAGAUGGAAUCCAUCCUUGGGUUUAUUGUCAUCUGGGCAGUGUUCAGCGCCUGGGCUGUCUUGACCAUGGCCAUCUUGCUCCUGAUGGAAGGGCUGUCUGCAUUUCUACACACCCUACGUCUGCACUGGGUUGAAUUCCAGAGUAAGUUCUACAAGGGCGAGGGACACGCCUUCAAGCCGUUCUCCUUUGAAGCAAUGCUGGAAGCCAAGGAUGAAUAAAUAUCUCUUAAAUAUCAAGAAAAAAAAUCCAGUUUGUGAGAAGGCCAGCUCAGUAACUCAAACAAAUAUCCAAUAACUGUGACAGUUUACAGUGUUAGAUUUGCGCAUGUUUAAUGGACAGAUGAUUUUCAGGGCGUUUUGUUUUUUUCUUCACCCAUGAUAUGAAACUCAGUAAUAGACUGGCUCCCUUUGUAUGAUGAUUAUGUGGUAUGGUGUACAUGUUAGUAGCAUGUAGGGAACCCAACACACGUGUUCAGUAGCAAAAGAAAGUUUUAUGGACGUGUCUGGAUCCAGGGUCUUUGGCUUCGGCUGCUGCUGUUAGCCAAAGCACUUUCAGACGCUAACAGACUAUGCACUUUACAGUGGCCUGGCCAUUGUUGCAGCUGAAGUCAUUUUUAUUUUUUAUUUUUGAGCUUGAGAAUUAAUCUACGACUAACUUUCCAGGCAGUUUUCCCCUCUGAUAGGAAGUUUGUUAAAAGUUAUCCCACUAGCAGCUAGGUAUUAAUGGUUUCCCUUCUUUGUGCAAUCUAUACUGAGGUUAUGCUAAUCAAGGCAGGGUGUAGUUUGGGUGAUUGUCAAUGAAAAGUAUCUUCACUUGGUGUAGCCCAACAUUUCGAUAAAAAAAAAAA